AUGGCCGACGUCGAUUCACAAGCGCCGCCAGAGCAACGUCUCACCAAGGAAGAGUUUGCUGCGCUGCCUCCCAUUGACUUUGUGACGCUGGGCAUGUUCAUAAUUGAUGAAAUACACUUCUUGCCGCCUACGCCGCCAGUUUAUGAUAUCCUUGGCGGCGCCGGAUCAUACGGUGCUCUAGGAGCACGUCUCUUCUCGCCGCCUCCCAAUGCCUCAUCUGUGGGCUGGAUUGUCGACAUGGGCUCCGACUUCCCGUUGUCCUUGACCGACCUGAUUAGCAGCUGGGGGACAUCCGUCGUGCUCCGUGACGACCCUGAGCGCCUAACCACCCGCGGUUGGAACGGUUAUGAAAGCGCCGAAAAGCGUGCCUUCAGAUACACCACCCCUAAGAAACGCCUCGCGGCUGGCGAUUUGACACCCCAUCUACUGCUGUCCAGGUCCUUCCACCUCAUCUGCUCACCGGCCAGAUGCAGAGACCUGGUCACAGAGAUUACCUCAUCUCGCAAGCGCGUGUGUCCACCUGAUGUGUACACCAAGCCCAUAUUCAUAUGGGAACCCGUACCAGAUCUUUGUACGCCUGACGAGCUCCUCAACUGCACCAAUACCCUACCCCUCGUCGAUAUCUGUAGCCCGAACCACUCGGAGCUGGCCGGUUUCAUGGGCGAUGAUGGCUUGGACCCGGAGACCGGCGAUAUCUCCAAGGUGGCCAUUGAAAGGGCUUGCGAGCAACUCCUCGCCAGCAUGCCUCUUUCAUCGUUCACGCUCGUCAUCCGCGCCGGUGCCAAGGGCUGUUAUGUCGCCCGAAACGGCGGUCGCAAGCGACAAUCCAACACAUGGGAUGAUGCAGGCCCGAAGCGUCGCAAGAAGGAGUAUGCCAGAGGUGGCCUUCAGCCGGACACUGAUAUUGAAGCACUCUUUGCCGGUCUGCUCCAGGAUGGCGAUGGCGUCGUUGUUCGCGAGGAGGUCGAGAUAGAUUCCGGCAUCGGGCAAUGGAUAUCUGCUGUUCACACCGACCCCGCCAAGGUCGUCGACCCAACUGGUGGUGGCAACACCUUCUUGGGCGGUCUCGCCGUCGCGCUCGCCAGAGGUAAGGGCGUCGAGGAGGCUGCAACAUGGGGUAGUGUCGCUGCCAGCUUUGCUAUUGAGCAAGUAGGUGUGCCCAAGUUGGACCAGGACGAGAACGGCAUAGAGACGUGGAACGGCGUCAAGGUAGAAGACAGACUUGCCGAAUUCAAGAGUCGCUUAUAG